GAGCAGAUUCUUGGCAGAAGAGUAGAGCUCCCUAAGCCUAAACAUGUUACGGGAAGGUAAAGAAGGAGAAGACAUGGGAGCUAUUAUGGCGCCAGCAUGUGCCAUUAGGUUGAUGUAGCGAAUUAGUCGGUUCAUCAACAGCGGAAUGGCCUCCCCUACCCUACACCAAACUCGUUUGGCGCGCGGCGCAACGUCCGCUAGAUUGCGCUAGCUCAGUCUGGAUAAACGUCCUAGUCAAGAGGAACAGGGAGACGGGAAGGUAGAAGGGCCGCCCGCAGGAAAUUGCUGGGCGUCUGUUCACGUCGUGAAUCUUAGAUUCAUUAAUCCAUCUACGGUGAUAAGCGCUUUCGGUCGCGAAACGAGUACCGACAAACGCAGCCAAGAUCAGCCAAGAGCAACCAAGAGCAACAAGAGCCGCCAUGUUCAAGGGCCUCAGAGCGCAGAGAAGCAAGGAGAGAUUCGAGUUCCGAUUCCGCUUCCAUGCCACUAGGGUGCCCCUGACGGGGUUCGAGCACCUGGUCGUCUCGCUCCUGCCCACCGACACCAACCGCUCGGACGUGCGCACGGGCACCGCCACCGUGCGCAACGGAAUCUGUCAAUGGACGGAAACGGUGACGGAAGUCGUCAAGCUCACGCGCAACCCCAAGACGAAGACGUUCGAGGCCAAGGCGUAUCGGUUCGUGGUGUCCUCGACGGCCGGCGCGGUGUUGGGCGAGGCUUGGUUGAAUCUGACGGAGUUCAUCGGGUACUCGCAGCUCGACCAGCGCGCGCUGCCGCUCCGAUCCUGUCCCUCGGGCUCCGUGCUCCACGCGACGGUGCAAUGCUUUCCCAUCGAUCCCAGGGACGGCGACGACGUGGCGGACCAGCCGCACGUCGCAGCCCAUGCGACGAGCGCCGCCGACAGCCAUGCGACGCCUGCGACAGCAUCGGCGGCGGCGGCCGCAGCAGCAGGGGGGGCAGGGGGAGCGGGGAGGAAGAAGCGCACGGGGGAGAAGGAAGGCGCCCUGCCAGCUGCUUCUUCCUUCAAUACCGCUGCGACUGGCGCAAACGCGGGUGGUGGAAGCGCAGCCGGGGGAGGCGGAGCGGAAGCGGGCGAAGGGGGUGGAGCCUCCGGAGCAGCUAGUAAGCCCGGUGCGGGGGAUGCGGCGGCAGUGGCGGUAGCAAGUGACGGUGCGGGGUCAGCUGCGAUUGGGACGUUGGCAGGUGGCGCGGGAGGAACAGACGGCAGUGGCGCCAGUGGUGGCGUGAUGAUGCUGAGAAGCACGAGGACCGAGUCGUUGCAGCCGCGGCAGCAGCAGUCGCAGAACCAUGGGGGGGAAGGGAGGGAGGAGAGCGGGGAGAAGCGGAAGGAACCGCAGGGGAGGGGCAGGGAGAGGAGCCAGGAGCAUAAGAGAGCAGGGCAGGAGCAGAGGAGCAAGGAGCACGCGAAGCAGCAGCAGCAGCAGCAGCAGCAGGAUGGUCAGGGCGGUGGGAGCAAGGCGUCGAGCUUCAUGCACCGCUUUGGAAGCUUGCCGGGCGUGAGAGGGGAGUCCAAGAGUUUCAGAGCGCCGUCAGUGAGUGGCGGUGAGCGGCCAGGGCUAGCGUCAGUACUGCCACCGGCAGGGGACGACGAGGAGCAGGCGAACGUCACGUGCACCACGGCCGGGGGGGGCUCGGGUGCCACCUCCAUGCUCAUGGCCGCCAUGCUCUUCCGCCGCUCCUCCUCCACCAAUCACACCCACCACAGCCACGUCAGCAGCGGCAGCGGCGGCGGGUCGUCUCGUCGCACCGUGUCCCCCGGACGGCCCCGUUUCCCCCCGUCUCCGGCGGCGCUUGGCAUGGGGCCGGGCCCGGGUAGGGAGGGCGCAGCAGCGGCAGGGGGUGAUGCUGGUGGUGGUGGUGGUGCGGCGCCUCUGCUGACGUACUCGGGGGAGAUUCUGCGACAGGAGGAGGCGUUCCGCAGGCAGGGGGCGGACCACUGGCGGAGGGAGGUGGCGAGUGGGCCCAUGGAGGUGGGAGGGGGCGGGCGGUUCAUCCCUGGUGCUGGGUACUGGCUGUCCCGGCCUACUUCAGACGGCGAGGCUAAGGAAAAGCAAAAGGAGUUGCACCAGCAGCAGCAGCAGCAGCAGCAGCAGCAGCAGCAGCAGCAGCAAGCGAGUGAGCAGCAGGUGCGCAAGCAGCCGCAUGCAGUCACGGAGCCACAGACACAUAUGCGCGCGGAGACAGGCACAGGCGGGGCGGGAGAGGCGCGGAAAGAGGAGAGUGCGGAGGGAGGAAAGGCGGAGUUGACGAUAGCAGCUGCCGCUUCUGUUGCCCUUGACAUUGGUGUGGCUGCUGCUCCUAAUGACUGGGCCUCAGGAAAGCAGCAGCAGCAGCAGCAGCCGCAGCAGCAGCCAAGCGUGGUUCUGCCUCGGUCAGCGAGCUUGUCGAGUGUGUCGACUGCUGCAAGCAGCACUGGCUGCAGCAGCAGCAGCAGAGACAAGAGGAGGAGCAGCAGCAGGUCGAAACGGAGAUCAGGGAGCUCAGCAGAUGUGGUUAUACCUGCACCUCCUGACAUCCCCCCUGCUCUGCUUCCGUCUCCUCUUCCCACCAACGGACCCACUCCUGCUGCACCACCUGCUGCUGCUGCUGCGGGGGUUGAAACCCCUGCUCCUCCUCCUCCUCCUCCUCUUGCUGCUGCUGCUGCUGCUGCCGCUGCGGGUGCGGGAGCAAGCAAGGGGAAUGGUGAGGCGUCCAGUCUGCCUGGGCUGCUGCGGCCGUCUAGCGAGGAUGCCGACACGUCUUCCGACGACUUGAGCAGUGCUGGCAGCGCGCGUGGCGCUGCCGACGCUAAUGGCACCGCCGGUGGCCGCAGUAGCGACGGUGCCGCCGCCGCCGCCGCUCCUGCUGGUGGUGGUGGUGGUGGUGGUGGUGCUAGUGAUGGUUUGAAUGGGCGGAAUGUGGGUGAGCCAGGAGGGCUUGUCACGGCAGGAGGGGCAGCAGCAGGGCCAGGGGUGGCAGGGGUGCAGUACGGGGGCGGGUGGUCUGCUGCGAGUACGAGCAGCAGCGACAGCUCUGCGGAUUACCCUCUGGACAUUAUUCCCCCGGCCAGCUGCGUGCUGCCCGCUCACAAGGUCGCAGCGACGGACGCCACAACAGCGCCAGCAGCAGCAGCAGCAGCAGCAGCCGAAGGAGCACCUAUAUCCUUCGGUCCAAGCCAGUACCACGUGGGGCCGCCGCUGCCGCUGCCGCCAGCAGCAGACGCUGGUGCGGUGCAGGGGCAGAGUGCGCUCGGGGGAGGGGGCGAGGGAGGGGGAGAAGGCGUGUGGCGGACGGGUUGGAGUGCGGGUAAGUCAGGGCAGAGGCAUGGCGGCGGGUGGCAGGUGGCGGAGCAGCAAGGGGGCAGCGGAGCGGAAGGGGAGCCAAUGGGGCAGGGGAUGCAGGAGGGAGAAGGGGGGGAGGGGGAGCAGCGGGAGGGCAUGGGCCCACGAGGUUGGGUGGUGCCUGGCACAACAGCAUGCCAAGGCAUGCCUCCUGGCCAAGACAUGGCUGCCGCUGCUGCUGCUGCUGCCGACCCUGCCUUCUCCUACCUGUCUGAGUUCCCAGGGUAUCCGCCUGGCAUGGGGCAUCCCUCCACGUGCCCAUCGCAGUUGGCACCAGAUGCCGCUCACGUGCACCUCCUCUCCGCCGCUGGCCCGGGCUCGUUCCCUGCAGGGCAGCCAGGCAUGGCGGCAGAUGCGCUGGGGGGACGCAUGGGGUCCGCCAACCUUGGGAACUACGGGGGCAUGGGACCCAUGGGCGGCGGAGGCAUGGGUAUGGGCAUGGGAAUGGGGAUGGGCAUGGGGAUGGGGAUGGGCAUGGGCAUGGGGGCAGGUUCCGGCGGUGUCCCCCCCACUGGUUUCCCCAGCAGAAGCAGCAGCACGGGCGGGGGCGGGGGCGGGGGCGGGGGCUACACGAGCAGCGGCGAUCCGGACUCGGACCUGGCGGCGGCGGAGGCCGCCAUAGAGGAGCUGCAGCGCGACUGCACGCACUAUCAGCACGCGGUGCGCAACCUGAUGCGCGAGGUGGAGGUGCUGCGCGCGCAGCUGGCGGAGACCAUGACGCAGGACCGCGCGGUCGAGGUCGCCAUGGAGGCGCUCAGGGAGGAGCGAGAUAAGCUCGUGGCCGAGGUGAAGCUGCUCAGGCAGCUCGUGGUUGCGGGAGGCGCCGGGGAAAACGGAUGCCUGGGCAUGCGCCCGCUGGAGGGCGCAGCGGGAGGCGGGGGAGGGGGGGGAGGAGGGGGGUUUGGGGGAGAGAGGUUCGCAGGAGGGGGAGGAGGGUUAGGGGGGUUGAGUGGGCCGGGGGUGCCGGGAGCGGUGGCGGCGGCAGCAGCCGGGGUGGUGGGCGUGGAGGGGAGGGAGGCGCUCGCGUGCGUGCUGAGCGACCUGGCGUACCACAAGGGGCUGACGGAGAGCCUGGAGGCGCAGGUGGAGGAGCUGUCCGCCGCCAACGAGGACCUGCUGCGCGCGCUGCAGCAGGCGGAGGGGGACGUGGGGAAGUAUAGAAGAGAUGCGGAGGAGCUGUUUGAGGUGAGCGAGAGGCGGGAUAGGGAGCUGAAGCGGCUGCAGCGACAGGUGGAGCAGGGGAGGGGGGAGGGUGCCGGGGGUGGGGGUGAGGGUGAGGGUGAGAGAAGCGGUGAGGGGACUGGUGAUGGAGGCCGUGAAGGGGGUCUGAUAGCUGGAGUAGGAGGAGCAGCAGGGGCGGCAGCAGAUGGGGAGGUGAGGGAGCUUCAGGUGAAACUAGCAGAGCUGGAGAGGGAGGCGCAGGAGCUGACAGCAGAGAGCCUGGAGCUGGCGGCCACGCUGACCCAGUCACAGCGAGCGGGCGAGGCCAAGGACGCGCGGGUGAAGCUGCUGGAAGCCCAGCUGGCGGCGCUCAAAGGGGAGAUGGCAGGCACUGAUGCUGCUGAGGUGAUUGCUGCUGCAGAGGCUACUGCUGCUGCUGCUGCCGCCGCUGCUGCUGAAGCGGAGGCUGCUGCUUCUGGUGUUGCGAGGACCAGGAGGGACGGAGGGAAGGACGGCGGAGGGGGGGAGGAGGAGGAGGAGAAGGAGGGGGGGGUGUGGGAGGGAGGAGGAGGGAGGGAGAGGAUUGAGGAGCUGGAGAGGGAGGUGGAGAGGCUGAUGCGGGAGCUGGAGGCAGCAGAGGAGGAGGGGAGGAGGAGGCAGCAGGAGGAGGUGGAUUUGCUGCUAGCUGGAGUGAGGAAGGAGUUGGAACAGCUUACAGUGGAAAAAGCAGAGGUAGAGAGGCAGCUAGCGAUGAGUGUGAGACAAGUGAGCGUGUGGCAGAGGAGGUGUGAGGAGGGCGAGGAGCGGAGGAGCGAGGCAGAGGAGCGGCUGAGGGUGGCGGUGGGGGUGAGGGAGAGGAGCGAGGAGAUGGCAGGGAAGCUGGCAGAGAAAGUGCGGGAGCUGGAGGACAAGCUUGCACAGGCGGAGGCGGCGAGAGGAGCAGCGGAAGCGGCGGCUGCUGCGGCGUCCGUGGCUGCGGCUGUGGCUGCUGAGGAGGCAGCGGCAGCAGAGGAGAAGAGAGCAGAAGCCGUGUCAGCCGCUGCAGCCUCUGCCACAGCCGCUGCUGCUGCCACUGCUGCUGCAUCUAGCUUGCCGUCGCCACGAGGGGGGAGAACCGCCGCCGGACGGGGACGGGGAGGAGGCGGCGGAGGCGGCGGUGGUGGCGGAGGGAGAGGCAUGGGUGGUGCUGGAGGUCAUGGCAGCACUGCAGCUGCUCAUGGUACCGGCAGGAGGGCGGCGGAUUUCCGAGUGGAGGAGCUGGAGAUGCAGCUGGCGUCGCUGCGGGAGCUGCUGCAGGAGGCGACGAGCCUCAAGGUGAAGGCGGCGCGAGAGGCCGCCACGCGCGCGAAAGAAGUGGAGCAGCUCACCACUGAGGUGGUCGUCCUGCGGCAGAGAGCAGAGCGCGCCGAGCGGGAGCUGAAGGGCCUGGAGGAGGAGAAGGCUGGGCGGGAGGCAAAGAUCUCGGAGCUGGGGAGGGAGGUGAUGGAGGCGAGGCUGAGGGUGAAGGCGGCGGAUGAGGAGGUGGGGCGGGCGAGGGUGGAGCUGGAGGUAGCGGAAGAGAGGGCGAAGGAGUAUGAGAAGGAGGCGAAGGAGGAGAGGGAGGCGACGGAGGCGGUGGUGGGGAGAGUGGCGCAUUUGGAGGUGGUGAUGGGGAGGAUGGAGGAGGAGAGGGGGAAGGCUGUUGUGGAGAUGGUGGAAGCGGUGGGUGCCAGGGAGGAGAUGGAGGGGAGAGUGAGGCAGAUGGAUGGGCGAGUGAGGGAGAUGGAAGAGAGGGUGCGGAGUAAGGAAGAGGAGGUGAGGGAGAUGAAGGAGAGAGUGAGGGAGAUGGAGGAAGGAGUGCAGGCGAAGGAAGUGGAGGUGAGGGAGUUGGAGGCGAGGGUGAGGGAGAUGAGGGAGGAGGGAGAGGAGAGGGAGCGGAGGGUACUGGAGCUGCAAGAGGAGGUGGGGAGGAAGGAGAGGGCGAUCGAGGAAACGGAGAGGAGAGUGCGGGAGGCGGCAGAGAGAGCAACAAUAGCAGAGGAGCAGGCAGAGGAGCGAGCAGUAGCGCUGGAGGUGCUGGUGAAGGAGAAGGAGCAGAGAGCGCAGGAGACGGAGGAGAAAAUGGCAGUCCUAGAAUCAGAGUUGGAGGAGGUGAGGGAGGAGGCGGACAGGGAGAUAGGGGAGCUCAAAGAGAUGGAAGGGCGGCUGUUUGAGCGCCUGGAGCUGCUGCUGUCGGAGAAAGAGGAGACCCUGGCACGGGCGAUGAAAGCAGAGGACAUGCUGCGGAACGAGAGAGCAGAGAAGGAGGCGGCGGUGGUGCGGCUGCAAGAGGAUCUGCUGAUGCUCAAGGAGCAGCUGGAGGUGGUGGCGCCUGCAGCGCUGCAGCAGCAGGAGCAGGACGAGCAGCAGAAGCUGGACGAGCAGCAGCGGCUGAGAGACCUCCAGGAGCGGCUGCGACAGGCGGAGAUCAAAGCGCGCCACGCGGAGUCUGGCUGGGCGGCAGAGGCCAAGGAGCUGGGGGGGAAGAUCGCAGCGCUGCAGGCGGAGCGGAACGCGUGGCGGGCCAAGGAGAUUGGGCUGCUGGCAGAGCUGGAGGUGGCGAAGCAGGAGUCGGGUGCGGCGGUGCAGCGCGAGCAGGCGCUGGUGCAGGAGGUGCGGCGGGUGAGUGGGGAGAAGGCGGGCGUGGAGGAGCGCAUGCGGCAGCUGCAGGGCGUCAUCGAGGGGCUCGAGCGCGCCAAGGUGGCGCUCGAAGCGGAGCGGGCUGCCGCGCAGGCGCAGGCGGCGGUGCUGGGGGGAAAGGUGAAGGAGUGCGAGGGGCUGAAAGUCGAGCUUGCGCAGGUGAAGGCGGAGAAGAUGGGGGUCGAGGAGAGGAGGUUGGCGUUGGUGGCUAAGCUGGGGCGGAUAGAGGAGGGGAUGGAGCAGGUGGAGGAGCUGAGGGUGAGGAACGCGGUGCUCAAGGGCGAGGUGGAGGUGAUGAGCUCGAGAGUGGGGGACAUGGAGAUGCUGCGGGCGGAGAAGGAGAGCCUGGAGCGCCAGGUGCGGGAGCUGCAGGCGCUCAUGUCGAGGAGACAGGCGGCCAGGGAAGUGGCAGGGGGGGGUGGGGGGGAGAGGGCGGUGGCUGUGGGUGGUGGUGGUAGCAGUGGGGGGGAGGAGCCGACGAUGGUUGACGAUGAUAAGGCUAGUGGAGUUGGCACGUGUGCUAGUGGCACCAGCAGUAGCAAAGCGGAUGCUGAUGAGAAGCAGAGUGUGGUGGAGGGAGAGAAGGGGCAGGAUACCAGUGAGGAUAACAGUGAGGGAGAGAAGGUGCAGGUGGAUAACAGUGAGGGCAAGGCGGGGGGGGGAGUUGAAGGGCAGCCUCGUGCGAGCAGCAAAGACAGGGGUGCGGUUUCUGGGACAGGAGAAAGUGGGGAGAGGAGUGCGAGGAGUGAGGAGGAGAAGGGGGGGGGGGGCAGUCAGGUUGCUGCAGAGGAAUUGAAGUGCCGUGAGGAGGAGGAGGAGGGUCAAGGAGGUGUGACGAGUGGUGGUGAUGUGGAUGGGAAGACGCAGCCAGCAGGGGACGAUGAGGCAGCGGAAUUGGAAGGGCCGGUCGAUACAGUAGCAGCUGUUGCCAAAUUAUCUGAUGAAGACUUGGGUCAACAGCAGCAAGGGCAACAGCAGGAGGAACAGCAGCAGGAGCAGAAACAAGAGCAGCAAGUACAGGAGGGAGCCAUUCCCGAUGUGGUGGAAAAGGAAGAUGAGAAGGCAGAGACCGCGCAGGAAGGGAGAGAGGAGCAAGCAACACAGGACAUGGAGCAGUCAGAAGAUGCAGGCGUGACAGGGCAGCAGCAGCAGGAGGGCGAGGGGGCAUCUCCACCUAAGGCAAUCUUAGAGGAAAACCCAUGUGAUGCUGUGGUGAACGGACCAGAUACUACUGGUGCUGCACCUGAUGGUGAAUCGGUUGUGAGUCAGGGCAGUCGCAGCAAGGCCACCGCCGGUGCUGGUGGUGAUGGUGGUGCGGUGGUGGCACAGGGCAAGGUGAUGGUGGGCGGGGUGGCUGUGGACACGAGAGCAGCGGAGAUGCGGAAGCGGAUUGCAGAGCUGGAAGGGGAGCUGCACAAGGAGAGACAGCGAGCAGCAGCGGCUGGCGUGAGCAGCAGCGGUGGCGGCGGCGGCGGCAGCAGCAGCAGUGAUGCUAUUGAUUCCACGGGCGGAGUGGGAGCAGCUGCAAGUGGGCAGCAGCAACCACAAACCCCUGUUGUGGAUGAGGAGGUAGCAAAGAGCUCAAGUCCUAAAUCCGAAAGCAAGGCCUCAACAGCAGCUGCAGCAGCAUCCGCACCUGCAGUGAAAGGUGGACUUAGCAGCAGCAGGACCUCCAGCACAGCUUCAAUCAGCAGCACCAGCAGCAGUGCUGGGGUUGCCACACGGCGAAAGGUUGUGAGGAACGCAUCGGACUCCCAUGGCCCAGGCAGGAAGGUGGUGAUUCGGAGGGUGGUCUCAACCAGUGACGCCUCGUCCGGUGUUGCACAGUCUGGCUCAGCACCGUCAGACAGUGCAGCAGAGCAGCCCACAACCACCCCCACAUCAACGGGAAAGGUAGUGAGGGUGGUGCGGAGUCGCAUUGGCGAAGGAUCGUCUAAUAAACUGCGCCAAAAUUCGUCUGGUGCCUCUCGGAAAUAGGAUCGAACAAUGUUGCUGGGUGAAAAGCUAGAGCGGUCCUAAAUAUCAUGCAUCAGACGAUACUGUAUGUAUACUGUAUGAUUGCAAUGAUGGAACUCAGGACGAGUUUUGAGAAUA